ACGUGCGGCGACGCCGGCUGCUGGGCGGCGCCGCAGCGCGUCGCGAGCUCGCUCUCCAACCCGCGCGGCGUCGCGGUGAGCGCCGCGCUCGGCAAGCUCUACGUCGUGGAGCAGAAUACGCUGCGCGGCGCCUCGUAUGAGCUCUUCUCGGGCGACGUGCUCCAGCUCUGCACCGACGGGCGGUACGAGUGCGGCGCGGGCCAAAAUGCGGGCGAGUGCGAGUGCGCGACGGGCUUCGGCGGCGCGUGCUGCGACACGCCCUCCUCCUCGAGCGGUGUGGUCUCCCUCCUCGCCACCGCGGGCUGGUGGGGCGCGUUUGCGCCGCCGCUGCUCGCGGCGUUCGCUCUCCUCUCUUUUGGGUUGCGCCGCCGGCGCGCCUCCCCCCUGCCGGCCGGCUGGUCGCUCGGCGACGCAUCGCUGCUCGAGGCGCGCGACGCGCGGCCCAUGCCUCCGCGCGUGGCUCGGCGGCGCGGACUCUUCGCCCAGCUCGACUCUCAGCUGGAUGCCGCAUCGCUCGCGCCUGUCAACGUCGGCGGCAGCGCGCUCUCGCUCGCGUCGCUGCUCGCGCCGAUGAGGCAACCGUUGCUCGGCGAGGGCGGCGCUUGCUCCGGCUCGCACCAGCCCCCUCGGUGA